UAGAGAGAGAGAACUUGAGAGAGAAUAUAAUGGCUGGAGGUGGGGAAGCUACUGCCGACGUAUACACUCCUACAUGGGUUGUAGCCGUCGUUUACACUGUCAUUGUCGGCGUUUCAUAUGGUGUAGAACGUCUUCUUCAUCAUGCCGGAGAGCGCCUUAAGAAGGAGAAUAAGACGGCCCUCUACGAAGCUCUUCAGAAAAUCAAAGAAGAGUUGAUGCUGCUGGGUUUCAUAUCGCUGCUUCUGACGGUUUCAGAGAAAAGGAUCGUAAAAAUCUGCGUGUCGCCGGGGGUGACCGAUGAUAUGAUGCCUUGCUGGACGAAAUCUAAUCAUUCUGCAACUGUCAGUCAUCUUCCUGCUGCGGCGGCGCCACCAUCAUCUGGUGCCGAAAUCGAACAUUGUGCUGCUCAGAACAAGGUUCCCUUGAUAUCCCUUAAGGCCAUCCAUGACCUGCAUAUCUUCAUAUUCACUCUUGCUGUAGUCCAUGUGAUCUAUUGUGUUCUCACAGUUUUCAUUGGAAAACUCAAAAUACGACACUGGAGGCACUGGAAGGAUUCAAUUGCUGAAGCGGAUCAGAUAGAUCCGCAAGGAUGGAGCUCUCAUAAUCUGAUGACUUGGUUGCAUUGUUUUUGGAAGCAAUUUUGUGGGUCCGUAAAUGAAUCGGAUUAUGUGACAUUAAGAAGGGAGUUUAUGAAGAUUCGCGAGGCAAAUCCGAAGUUUAGAUUUCAUAAAUACAUGAUAGAAGCUCUUGAAGUUGAUUUUGUCUAUGUUUUUGGCAUAAGUUGGUACCUUUGGAUCUUUGUGGUUAUCUUCUUCUUAAUUAAUGUUAAUGGCUGGUACACAUAUUUUUGGAUAGCGUUUAUUCCACUCAUUCUUCUGCUAGCUGUGGGCACUAAGUUGGAGAAUGUACUUAUGCAAUUAGUUCAUGAACUAGCUGCAACGGAUGAUGCCAUUGAAGGCCAAUUGCAUGUUGUUCGACAAUCACGUUAUCACUUUUGGUUUCAUCGGCCUUCCUUUGUUCUCUCCUUGAUUCACUUCAUCCUUUUCAAGAACUCUUUUGAGAUUGCAUUCUUCUUCUGGAUAUGGGCUGCUUAUAGCUUUGACGCCUGCGUAAUGGGACAAUUUGGUUACAUUGUCUUCAGGCUUGUCAUCGGGGUUUUCAUUCAGGUCCUUUGCAGCUACAAUACGCUACCUCUCUAUGCACUCCUUACACAGAUGCGAAAACUCGACAGUGAGGAAACGUCUCAUAAGCCUCAGAAAGAGGGCCACGGUGAUGAUCGUCCUUCCCAAUAA